CCUUUUCAUCGGAAUAUAUAUAUAUAAAAAAGAGUCGUCGAUCUUGUUUCCUUUCCUCUUUUUGCUUAGUGAAUUCACAAAAAAAAAACUUUUUGGAUAGUUUUAUGAUUGUAUUGAUUGGUUGUUCUUCUGUUCCAGUGACGUGUUCUCUGUUAGUUGCGUGAAUCAGGGUUUAUGUUUUUAUUUGAUCUGAAAAAUUCUAUUUGACUUUAUGGUCUUUUACAGACAGACCUAAUUGAUAUUGAUCUGUAGGUGUUUUGUCUGAAUAAAGGUACAAGCUUUGGAGUUGGGAUAUUUAUUUCGAGUUAUGUCUGGAAACCAACAGCCUCAGAUCAGCCUGCCUACAUGGCGGUGCAGAGAUUUCAAUGCUGCUAUUCCAAUCAAGAAGAGGAAGUACUUUGUCCUUCCAGAGGAACCAGGUGGCUUGGAACCUCCUUUGGAAAACAAUACUCAACCUAAUGAGCAGCGAGGUGAUGAUGAUGAUACUAGGAGUGCUUUGGAUUUGAAUUCAUCUGAUGCUCAUGUGAAUCAGAAAUUGAUUGAUGAUGGAUCUAAGAAAGUUAUUGGGAAUUUAAUCCCUCCUGUUCCGUCUCUUUCUGUGGGGAAGAAUGCUGAGAGUAUUGGGAACCUAGUUCUUGACCAAAUUAGAGUGAAAGUUGAGGAGCCUAAUAUUCCAGUUCACUCCAGUCCCUUGGCAGGCUCUGUGGUCCCUUUCAGUUCUAACAUAGUUGCCAAUUCACUCCAUUGUUCUCUUGAUAAGCUUCCUGUAGUUGCUGAACAACAUCCUGGUGGUGUUGCCACCUCAGAUGAAACUGAGUUGAAUGUAGAACAAACUGUUCUUAAGACCCUUGACAUUGUUAGGAAGGGAGAGUGUCAAACAGAAGCAUCUGCUGGGCGGCUAAGAUGUAAACCUAAAAACAGUUCUCCGUAUUUGGAGAAUGAUUCUGUAAGUAAGGGAGUUUAUGCGCCUCAUGUCACAGAUUCUACUUGUACCAAAUUUGGCAAUCUAAGUGGUGUGAACAGAUCAAACUGGGAUUUGAAUACUACAAUGGAUGCUUGGGAAGAUGGUCUAGAUCGCAAGACUAGAGUUAAGACAACUGGUUCCUUCUUUGACAGUAACAACAGUAGUUGCCCUGGCAUAGAGACAUCAAGUUGUGGUGGUGAUACGGCUGUUAUUGCUAAGCCUGUUUCUGAAGAACUGAAGGAAAAUGUAUGGUUUAUAUCCCCUAAGGUUUUCGAUCGUCAGGUUAAUCACACAUGUUCGCUAAGUCUAGGCCUCAGGUCAUAUCCUCCUACGGAGAAAUCUCCUUCUCUAGCAGCUAGCACAUCGGAAGCAAGAGCUGCAUGUACAAGUUUCUCUAGACCAGUAAUGGCCGCUGAUAAUGUGAACUCGGUAAAUCUUAGGACUGUGAAGUCAGAAGUAAUUGAAGAGGAGGUUGUUUGCAGAUUCAGAAAGGAAAACUGUACAGCAUCUGGCAGUUUGAAUCCAGUGGAUUCUUCUAGAUCAAUAAAAGCUGAGCCGAAUAACUUCAUUCAGUCCAAAGUUUUCAAUAGGAAAGAUGGAACGUUGAGUCCUCCCCAUAGACCACUGAUCCAAUCAAAUGAGAUACUUGAUAUACUUGCAAGUUUUACGCCAAACCAGAAGGAUACAUGUUUACCUCAUCCCAGUGGUAUCAGUAAUGCGCCAAUGUCCAUGAAUGGAAUGACUAGAAAUCCAGGCUUUCAGAGUUAUCCUGACUCUGCAUUGAAAGAAAAUCCAAGCCAGAGUUCUAGUCUCGGUGUAGUUCACAUGAACGAUGCAUGUUCCGUACCUUCUGGCCAUGGAGGUCAUAACCUCAGUGCAUCAGAUGUGAAUGUUUCCAUGACUGAAGAUAAAACUCUAGGUGAUUGCAAGACCUCUCAUGGAACUAAUGAACUUUCAACAAGUGGUGAAGAAAAAGUUAUUUUAUCCGGUAAGGAGCUAAGGGGAGAGUUAUGCAGUUAUGACUUCGAACCAGAUUGUGGUGGUCUAUCUAGAAGACUAAAGAAGCAAGUUGAAAAAAUAAAUGUGUAUGACGACAAGAAGGUCCAAAGAUCAGCUGCCAUGUUUGCAGAAGGCAAUAGACAUGCUGAGUGUGGUGGUGUUUCUGAAACGGAACAAGGGGAUAUUGCUGUUCCAUUUGACGGUGACAAUCGAAAUUCUAACCAUGUGGAAGUAAAAGAGAGCCAAGCUUCACUUCUUUGUAAUACAGGUGUGUCUACAUUGUUAGGCGGGAAGGUUGAUAACCCUGAAACAGUAGAUAACAUCAGUCCAGCUUCAUACAAGGCAGAAAUUUCUACUAUCGACAAUGAUCCUCUUCCUGCGGAGUCCAGUGAAGGUAGUCAGAGUCGAAUGAAGACACUAGAUGCUUCAGACAGCUUUGUGCCAUUGCGAAUGGAAAGAGAUAGAUUGUCUGAUUUCUCACUUGAACAGCGCAAAUAUCUCUCGAGAGGGAGUGAUGAAUCCUGCAAAUUCUCGCGUGAGAGGUACCAUGGCAAAACUACAAGAAGCCCAAGGUCAUAUUUCAUGCCUGACAGAAGGAGAUUUUCUGAUGAUACAGAAAGCAAUUUGCAGGACAGAGAUACAAAAAAUUUUGAGUCCAACAAUUAUGGAAACACUCGUCGAGGUGGUGGUUUUAUGAGUAAUUCCUAUAGAGGGAGACGACCAGCAAACGAUGAAGCAACCCCUUUUCCCAACUCCUUUACCAGAAGAAGUCAUGGCUUUUCAUUUACGCAAAGAGGAUCAACAGACAAAGAGGACGCAUCUGCGUUUCACGGGUUUAGAGAUGGUGAAAAGUUUACUAGAGGAGCACAACCCGACGAUGAGCCAAUGUUUAUGAGCCAGUCACGUCCGUAUCAAGGUCGGAAUAGUUUUGCUAGAGGAGGACGAACAAAUUUUGCCAACAACCACAAACGAGGCUAUCCUGAAUAUCGUUCACGAUCUCCAGUUAGAUCAAGAGAAAGAUCAGCUGGUCCGUCCUCGUCUUUCAGGAACAGAUCACAGGAAGAUUUCAGUGGGCAUACAGACUUUUAUCACCGGAGAUCACCCUCAGGUUAUAGAAUGGGGAGAGUAAGCUCGCCUGAACAUUCUGGUUAUUCAAGGGAGAUGGUUGGCAGAAGGCACAAUUCUCCACCUUACUCGCAUAGACCAUCAAAUGCUGGAAGGGGUCGAGGUUAUGCAAGAGGCAGAGGAUAUGCAAGGGGCAGAGGUUAUGGAAGAGAUGGCACCUUUUUUAGGAAACCAUAUGAUCGUGUUGUACAUAGAAACCAUGGAAACUGGAACAGUUUGGAUCCUCGAGAAAGGGUCGAGUACAGUGAUGAAUUCUUUGACGGACCAGUUCAUUCUGAACGAUUUGGUGUUGAUGGUAAUGUUGAGAGAAGACAAUUUGGUUAUAGACAUGAUGGUACGAGCUCUUUUAGACAAUCCUAUAGCAGUGAUGGUUGUGCACCUACUAAUGUAGAGGAUGGCCCUGAUGGUGUGAGGUAUGGACAGGACCCUGAUUUUGAGAUGGUUAAAGAACAAGGGAUUGAUGGAAAAGAUAAGACCUCAACUGAGAAUGCAUCUGGAAGAAGUAAGAAUAUGGAAGGGGAGGAAACUUCAAAAUACAGUGAGAUUUGGCAACGGGAUGAGCUUGGUGGUGGUGAUGAUGGCUUUUAGAAGAAAGAUUAAUACUCAUUUGUGUGAACGUUCUGAGACCAAAGAGAUCUGAGUGAUAGUGUGAAUACAGGUACCGAAGGAGACUUCUGUGACCUUGCCACGGACGAGGCCAGUUAGUGGCUGAUAACUGAGGGCAUUCCAGUAACUGAUGUGAAGGGACGCUCUGCUAUCUUUUUGUUAAAAAGUUGCGUGUUGGUCUUUCUUGGAUGUGUAUAUACAGCUCUUCUCUUGUGGUGUCAUCCAGAGUUUUGCUGCCUUUGUGGUGUUGUCCUCUGCGCUGUAGCACUGUAUGUUAAUGGAUAUACAACUGGAGGAAGAUGGUGUGAUGUAAAUACAUGUGGGAACUUUUCAGGCUUGUCUGCAUUCAGUAGUGUUCAAGUAGAACGUGACUGUUCUAAUAGAUAUGAGGCGAUGAAUGACUAGGGCAUUAUGAGAGACAUACAGGACAGGCUUUUAGCCCCAUGCAAAUUUAUAGACGGAAGAAAAAUUGCAGGUUUUGAUGAAUGAGUCUCUUUGCCAAAGGACCAGAGUGCAAUACUCGAAGUUGUGCCUGCCAAGAAGAUAACAACCGCCACGUUGUGGUAGAGCCAUGACUGUUUUUGGCUUAAAAAUUCACUCUCAUCUGUCAGAUUAUGAAUUCUUCUAAGAUGAGCUUUAGGUGCAUCCAAGAGGAUUAAUUAAGUACACAUCUGUGUGCAACUUGAAGUAUAAGCUAAACCAAGCAUGCUUGAAAUGUUGAAAGAACCGCCGAUUAUCUGCCGGUAGAACUGGGUUUACUGGCCAUUGGGAAAAAACACUGGAAACUGCUAAAGUUGCUUCUCCAGUACUGCAGUCUCUUCAUGUGAAUGAUUCAUGUCAUGGAAUUUUGGUAUGGUAUAAACAGUGGUAUAUGCUGUUAAUAACAAGGGCAUAAAGUGUUUUGGAACUAGGAGAGGUUCCAGCAUUCUGAUUUGGAAAUGUGUCUGAGUUUGUAUUUAGUUCUUGAUUCUGAGACAAGAGAUUGAAGUUUGUUUAUAGGAUGAUGUUAGAAGAGUGAUGAGAGACCAGAUCUUAAUCUUGAUCAUGGUUUUAGCAUAUCUGCCAAGCAUACAUGUAAUCUGAUCCUUUAUGGAAUGUGUAAUGGUGCGUCUUGAACUAAUUAGAACGUUGUGGAUCUACUCAAAGCGACGAGCUAUAUUGUUGUUGAAUGUGUAUAUAAUUCAUGUAUAUAGCCAAGUAGUUUACCUCC